GGCGCGGCCGGCCCGCCUCAGCCGCAGGGAGAGCGCGCGUGUGUCAUGUUACAGAGAAGCCAGGAACAGCCGCCGUCCAACUUCCCAAUCUGUUGCGAAUGACCUCUCUCUCGUGGGGACCUCCGUGCUCUGUCUGUGUCCUGCUCCGCUAAGGAACCGAACAGCAAAUAGCAGAGGACAAACAAAGCUGAAGGACAAAGAUCUCUACAGACUGUUUGCCCCCCCCCCCGCCCCCCCAGUACUUUUUGACGUUUGAUCCCUUCCCUUUCUUUUCUGUUUCUUUGCUCCAUCUCCGUGCACAAAAAGUCUGCGGUCUGCCCUUCUUCGGUGGCCUCGGGGACCCCCGUGGACGCGGCUCUUUCCCCGCCGUGUGGAUUGGAGGAGGACCUCCGCGCUUUAUUUAUCCCUCUAUUUAUUUAUUUAUUUGGCCGCCUCCGACGGGGACGGCAUGGUGGAGGAGAAGGGCUGGACGGGGGCUGCUCCCGGGGGCGCUUCGGAGAGCGGCUGCCUCGCACAGCCCCGGCCAGGGGCUGGGGAGAGAUGCUGCAAGGUGCCUCACCUGCUGGCUUCGGGGCUGCCCGGAGUCUCUUUCCUCUCUCUGGUGCUGAGCCUCCUGCUCUACUUCAGGACGGCGGACCUGCAAGCCCGAGUGUCGCAUUUGGAGGCCGACAGACCUGCUCCGCUCCCCGCCUGGCUCUCAGCAGGCCAAAUGGAGACAGCUAUUUUGGGAAGAGUUGACCAACUGCUGGCCGAGAGAUUAAAGUUCAACUUGCCAAGACAUCGGGAAGCUAGAGACAUCCGCCAACGAUGCAACUGCCCAGCAGGUAGGAAUAUCCCAGAUCAUGAAGAUGAUGUCAUUUAUGUCAAUAAAGAGCAUCAUUUCAGACUUUAG